ACUGUCGUGUAUGCGCUUCAGUAAAGCUUCGCUUACUUUACUUUCAGUAAAGGUUAUUUCAUAUUCACAGUUUGUCCACAUCACCACACGGGUUAUUUUUUUCUUAGAUUAUAACAGUAAAAAUGUUAAACGUGUGGGUUUGAGAGAUGAGAGCUGUUUGUGAUGGUCAGUUCAAUGAACGUCGACAGUUUACUUUAUGGCAAACAAGAGGAGCUUCAAGUUAAACAUCGCCAUGCAGCAGUGGCAAAAAUGGCACGAGUGAAAGUAUUGAAUAAUUAAACCAUUUGAUUGUGUUUUUGAAAAAAUAGACUAAUUGCCAGCCAGUCAAAGUCCUUAUUUGACCUUAUUACUACUGACCUGCUAAGUUAAAGCUAAUCAGGGAACAGGUUGCAUGUUUGUUGGCUAACGGUAGCGCGCAAAAAUAUUCCUAUAAGUUAGGCAUAUCUUUAAAUGUUUAACUGAGUAAAAAGGUGCACGAACCUCUGAACUUAGACAUGGAGGAUAAUAAGGAGCCAUCAGGACCAUCUAGCCCAGGCUCAAAAAGUGCAGGAGGCUUCGGUCUGUUUGGAUCUGCUGGCCCUCAGUAUUCAAAGACUGAGCUCGCUGGAGUGCCAUUGACGGGCAUGAGUCCUCUCUCUCCAUACCUUAAUGUUGACCCCAGAUAUCUCCUACAGGAUACAGAUGAGUUCAUUUUGCCCACUGGAGCAAACAAAACAAGAGGACGCUUUGAGCUGGCCUUUUUUACUAUUGGCGGAUGUUGUAUUACAGGUGCUGUGUUUGGGGCUGUAAAUGGACUUAGAAUGGGCUUGUCUGAAACCAGAAACAUGGCUUGGUCCAAACCUCGCAAUGUACAGAUCCUGAAUAUGGUGACCCGCCAAGGUGCCACAUGGGCUAACACAUUGGGUUCAUUAGCUCUGCUGUACAGUGCGUUUGGGGUGAUCAUAGAGAAAGCCAGAGGGGCAGAGGACGAGCUCAACACGAUUGCUGCAGGAACCCUGACUGGUGUCCUGUACAAAUCUCCAGGAGGUCUGCGGGGGGCCGCGCGGGGCGGCUUGGUUGGGCUGACGCUUUCUGGACUCUAUGCUCUCUACAAUAACUGGGACCGUCUGAAGGGAAGCUCUCCUACCCGCUACUGAAGCUUCUGUCGAGACUCAACAAAUUAAUCCAAAAAUCACAGAUUGUUUUUUUUUUAAAUACCAAGCACAAUUGUUUCUUUCUAAAUGCAAUGUCCAUUAACUUUAAAGCUAAUAUGUAAACGAACCGCACUUUGAGGCUUCAAAUUCAGUCUCCUAAAAAUAUAUUGUUUCAUAUUAAAUAUAAGGAUAGUUUGAAACUAUUUAUUCAAAUUUAUUUUAGACAAAGGUUAAACUUAACUGUCCAUAUGAUAGCGUCUAUUAAUGGAACUGAUAGAUUAUCAGAUGUGUAUGUAUAUAUAUAUAUAUAAUCUAUAAUGGCUGAAGUACCAAAUACAGUCCCUCCAGUUUUUCGCGAUUCCGCGAUCGCUGAAUGCAAUGCAAAAUAAACAAAAUGCAAUGCAUUUUUUUUGUGAUCCUGCAUAAUUCGUCAUUUAACCGCAAAAUAAUCGCAAAAUGUUGUUGUUCACGUGAUGACGUCUGUGUAUGUGAGCGGUCUGUCAAGAAACAAUGGCGGCAAAUUUGUCUCACCUGCCUCCUCACAUCAGGGCCAAGGACCAGGCUAAACAAUAUCCCGAUAUACUGCACGAGCAGGGCGGUGUUUCCGUGUGGCAGAGUAUGCAGUUGCCAUACUUUAGCCCAGUCAGGUGUGCCGUGGAAAAUUAUUAUAAUUCGUUAUUAUUAUUUUAAAUCAGAGGGUUUUAAAAAUGUUUAACCAAUGAUAAGCAUUAAAAAGAGCUUGUCAGUAAAACCUCGUAAUGCCAUUGGAUCAUCUCUCAGCGAAACCUUGUAACUUCGCGCCGCGCACAGCCUGGAGACAGAUCUCCGCCUUUUCGCAAUGAAAGGGUGAAUAAAUAAUUGAUGUUUGAAUACUACAGCGUUUUCUUUACUCAGACACUAUGUCUGUAAAGGCUAAUGUUUUUGUGUGCUUGAAGAGCGGAGAAGUAGGUUAUUUGCCGUCUAUCCAAUAUACUUUUGUACGUUUUAAAUAUCCUGUGCAUAAGCGCUUAAUUUGAGAUUUUGACCAAGUGUAUUAAACAACAAGAAAAACUAAGCGCCCAUAUAGCUACAAUAAACGUUAUAUAACCUGUAAAAGUUGAUGAAAGCAUAUAUUGCGAUGCACUUGCUGCCUCAGAUAACAGUUAAUAAUGUCUAAUGACACUCCAUCUCAGCCAUUCGCUGGUCAAAAACACUGUUAACUCCAUUUGAACUUGAAUUUCAUAUAAUGUUAAGUGCAUUAAGUGCACACUGAUCAGUAAAGUCUGAUACAAUACCAACGCUGACUACGCAGUGUUGUUUAAUUAUUGAAUUUGUUCCCCUUCUAUUUUUUUAUAUAUCAAUAUAUCAGAAUUUAUUAAGAGACCAAAAUACCAAAUGUAUGAAUUGGAUUUACAAGCAGUAUGUACAGCUACAAUACUUCUUUGUUAAUGUUUACAUAGGUAAGGUGGAAAAAGGGUCCUAAGGUUGUUUUAAAAGUUCAAAUGUUUCAGAAUUGACUAAGAGACCAAAAUAAACCAGCUUUAUGCAUUUUGUUUGUUAUUUGUGAAUAUUGCGCAUCUAACAUAAUACAUAAUCUGCACGUUUAAUAAACUCCAGCUGUUUCAAAAUCGUGCAGCCCUAUGGGGACACUUAAUUUCCAGCGAUAUCGUCGAAUUGAUUGCACAAAUACUAUUAGAACUGAACUGAGCUGGGGUGCGUUUCCAAUAGAGUUCAAUGGAACUAACGACCAUAGUUAGCUAAAGAUGCUUUUGGGAAACGCACCCCUGGAUGAUGACAUCACUGAAUUCAAUAAUGAAAUACCUUUAACUGAAAAUUGAGUGUUUAUUAUUGUCCUUCUGCACUACUGACACACUGUUUUCCUAUUUGAUACUGUAAAGCUGUUUUGACACAAUCUGUAUUGUUAAAAGCACUAUAUAAAUAAAGGUGACUUCACUUGAGUUAAUUUGGUAAAUGUGAUAUUUAAAAGAAACGAAAAAAAUCGCAAAUUUGUCACAAAUUUAUGGAAAUUACCACCACAAAAUCAGUCAUUUUGAUCGCAAAAAUCACACAAAACAAUCGUGAAAUCCUGGAGGGACUGCAAAUAGUGCAGCAAGUCAAUGCUUGUUUUCAGUGUUUGUAACACAUUCAGCAAUCAUACAAAACUACUGUCUAUAAUUUACCAACAGUAGUUGUUUAAAAACUUUGCACUAGAAAUGGAUAAGGAGUGUUUACUCAAAUUCUUUGUAGUAAUAUUUUUGGUAAUUAUGAAUGUAGGAAAUGAUACUUGGGCACAUUGCCGUGUCAUUCCAUCGGCAGAAUGUAUAUGUGUAACUAGAAGUAAAUGUUUAUCAAUGUUUCUAAAAGUUAAAUAAAUCUGUGCUAUAAGAUUGGGUUUCUUUCUACAUUUGUGUGUUUUGCAUUUAGCAGAGUGUUCACUAAAAUGUUGUUGAAAUGAAGUUUACAUGACCUUAAAUGGCAUUUUAUUCAUUCCUUUUUUU